AUGGCGUACUCUAGCCCAAGUUUGUUUGUAACCGCUGGUAGAAGUGCCAAAACCGUCUCUAUCACCAUCGCCAGCACCUCCACCUCGUCCCACUUCAAAUCCGAAUGCAACCUCCGCCUCUCCCUCCAUCAGAGGGGCGGUUUAUCCAGCGAAGCCAUGGCUGGCAUUGCUGCUGCUGGCGCUGUGGCUGUCAUUGUGUUGCUGCUGUUGCUGAGCUGGGUGCUGUGCCAGCGAUGCCGCAUCAAAGAGGUAGCAGGAGGAGGGGAUGGCGAUGGAAAUGAAGGGGAGGCACAGAGGAAGGAAAAAGCAGAGGAGGAGCGGGUGAAAGGACACAGCAGAGGAAAGGCCCGCCUGUCACCACUGCCGCCUACUCCCCCACCACGCCUCUUCCUCUACCCCUCACACUCCUACCCCCCUACCUCCUUUCCUCCCUCCACUUCUCCCUCCGCUUCUCCCUCCCACUCCUCCCUCAUUCCCACCCAUUCGUCGCUCCCGCUCCUCCCCUCUCCUCCCUCUCGCUCUGCCUCCUCUCCUCCCUCCCUCUCCACCCUCUCUCCUCCUUCCCGUUCCAUCUCCUUCCUCCCUCCCAUUCCUCAGCGCCUCCUUUUCACCCCACCCACUCCACGCCCCUUCCUCUGA